AUGUUCCUUCAACCACACUCUGCAGCAGUUCUGUUCUCUACCUUGGCACUGGCUGUCUUCCUUGUAUCAAACCUUGGCACCACAUUCAAUUCUACAAUCUUGCCAGAUGUAUACUUUGCACGGCUAGAUCAAUCAACCACAGGAGCAUCCAUUCGAUAUGGACUCUAUAAUUCCUGUCUCUAUUUAAACGGAAGUCGAUCUCAAUGUAUUGAUCCAAAAUUUGGUUUUACUCUGGACAGCAACCAAAUUAGUGUAAUGAAUUCAGUCUCGUCUGGGAACCUGACUGAUCCCAAUCCCAAUCCCAAUUCCAAUUCCAAUAUCCUGGCUGAGUUGGAAGAUCUUGCGUCAAUUCACAAGUUUAGCAUUUUUAUCAUGCCUGCUACAAUUUUGGCUUUUGUUUCAAUUAUCGGCAAGUAUUCCCAAUGUUUCUUCUUCUUCCUUUAUUUUAGCAUUACUAUCUUGGCUGGACUCGUACAUAAUCAGCGUGAGACCAACAACAAACCAAUCGUUGGAACCGUGGUUAGUUUGAUUGGUUUUCUCUGUGGUGGUGCUGGACUGGCCUUGGUCAUCGUCUGCUAUUCGAUUCUCUUCAAUGGUCUCAAAAAGACAGCCGGUCUGUCUGAGGCUUUGUCUUUGCACUGGGGUCCGUCCAUCUACCUGGUUGGUGCUGGUUGCGGCUGCAUGUUGAUCGCAUUUGGAUUCUUUGUUGCCAGCUCUCUUCAGCGAAGACAGAAGCAAGUACCAGAGCCAAUUCAUUACUAUGACUACAAUUACGAGCACAAGAACAUGUACUAG